AGUUACUGGUUGUGAUAUAAAAUGGAACUAUGAACUUGGAAAACACGAAAUGCUGCCCCUUUAAAUGACUGCAGCUGGUUCACAAAGUAUUCACUCCUUAAUAAAAGCAACAUUUUAUUUGUAAAAACAGAAACAUGCAGAAUUUCAAUACUUUAUAUCACAUAAAAUGUCAAUAAAACAUGAGAAAAUAUUCAUCAUUUUAGAAUUAAUCUUGGCACACUGCUACUUGAAUUAGGCCUUUUAGCUGUAAACCGGAAACUGCCCAUAUAAGGAGCUAUGGCAGAACCUAUAGACGUCCAGCUAUAGGAGAGCAGGCAGCAGCCGCUGGCAGACAGCUGGAUUAUUUAAUCUGGAUUAUCCUGCAGCGUCACACAUCUGGUAGUCUGGGAGGCUGAGAGAGAGAGAGAGAUUUUCCUCCGCUCUUCGGUCCAGAACCUCUCAGAUGGAACCGGAACCAACAGCAGAACCAACCUGGAGCCGCAGCUUAAGGCUCGGUGUCUCGGUUUGGAGAUGUGAACUAGAGAAAUGGCGGAUGAUGGAAAAAACGGGGAGGGAGGAGGCAGGAAGGACUCAGGCGAGGGCAGCAGGUCCUUUCAUGACCCUCACAGUCUCUUCCCACUUGGCGUCACGAAGCGGAACCAGUCCCGAGGGAUUGUGAUCCAUCUGACCGGCACCGAAGGGGAGUGGGACAGCUUGGAGGACGAUGAGCUCAUCUUCCCCCUGGACCAUGGCGAGGAGAAGCCGCUUCCUGCGGAGGACGACAGAGACUUGAAGUCCCAGAACUUCCAUGUUCCUCUUUCCCCGUCAUCGCCUGGUUCCCUGGGGAACUGCUCUGCAGCGCCCCCUAGCUUCCUCUCCCCAGGGCCGCCCUCACCCAGCCAGCGGCCCCUGGCCAGCCUCGUCAAGUCACGCUCCACUGAACUUGAGCCGAAAGAGGGCUCCACCCUCAGACCCAAGCCUCUCCUCAGCCUGGUGAAGUCCAUCUCCACGGAGCUGUCCCACUCGGAGCCCGAAGUGUCUCAGUCCAGAUCGGACUCCCGUCUCAACCUCCACCUGUGGAAGCAGCUGACCCAAACCAAACCCCGGACGGCCCCGCCAUCCCCCAGCGCUCUCUCUCCCAGUGCGGAGGGCCUGAAGGGGGGCUUCUUCAAGAUGGAGCUGGAGGACACGAAGAGGAAGCUGUCUGAGGCCAUGCAUGAGCCUCUGAGCAGCAUGUUCAGUAAGAUCAUGGGGGAAGACGGCGCAGGAAGCCCCAAACACCAGAGCAGGUCCACGGCGGCUCAUCAGGGGAGGGACGGCAGCGUGGACACCGUCCUCUCAGAGUCUCCGGUGAGGACCGGAAGGAGAGCAGAUGGAGACGUUCUGCCCGUGUUUGACUGGCCUUCGGUUGAAGGGCGGCCCGGAGCGCGGCACCGCCCAUGUCCCGUCCAUCACCACAGAGAGCAGGAGCUGGAAAUAUGCCAAGAUGAUGACACGAUGCAAGUGUUUGCCAUUGAAGCUCCCAGGAGGUUGCCUGGCUCUCCAGCACCGAACAGCUCCAGGUCCGGUCCGGAUCCUCAGCCUCCUCUGCCACGCAUGAGUCUACUCUGCGUGGCGGUUCUGUCCUACGGCUACUUCAUCCUUCCUCUGGGUCCGUACGUCUCGGGUCUGGCGUUGGGACUGGCUCUGGGCUUCCUGCUUGGCCUGUUCCUCAUUCGGAUCGGUUCAUCCGGCUCGGCUAACGUGCACAGAGCAGCGCUGACCCGUCAGGCUGAGGCCCGUUUCCCAGGUGGCUCCAGCGCCGAGUCCGACGUCCUUCAGGGUUGGAUGAAUGAGAUCCAGGAUUACGACCCAGAAAUCUUCCACCCGGCUCUGACUCACUCCGUGUUCGCCACGCUGCAGGGCUGCGGCCUCCGCCUGGAUUACCCACGCUGCAACAUCAGGCGCCGCGCCACGCACGACGACCCGCCGCAGGAAGUCGGCUUCGUCAAGACGCGCUGCUUCCGGCUGGAAAAGAGCAAAGUCUUCCUCCUGCCGGCGGCGCUGGCUCGGAAGAGAGUCUGGAACCCCAAGUAUCCCAUCUGCAUCCAGCUUGGAGCAGAGGACGACGGAACCGGGUCAGAACAGAACCUGGGUUCUGAUCCAGCACAGACUUCCUCCACACAACCUGGUGCCGCCCCGCCUGCGCUCUACCUGUUCGGACGCACGGGCCGGGAGAAGGAGGAGUGGUUCCGCCAUCUCCUGUUGGCGUCUGCGGUCCGGACCGGGCCGAGCCCCGGCCGAUGGUCCACCCGACCCGGCGCUCCGUCCCAGAGCGUCCCCGUCCCGCGGAGCCGAGGCCCCAGCAGCGCCGCCGCCGCCGCGCCUGCUUCGCCCGUCGCCAUGCCUGCUUCGCCCGCCGCCAUGCCUGCUUCGCCCGCCGCCAUGCCUGCUUCGCCCGCCGCGCCCGCGGCCUACUAUGGUCCUGCAGAUCCCUGCAGCGCCACCAGGGGUCUUUCUGCGCUUGACUACCACAGCUACAUGGCCCACCUCCUGGCUGCACAUGAGGCCACGCCCCCAUGCAGCCCCGGGGCUAGCAGCGCAGAGGCUAGCCCCACCGCUAACACCACCUGUACCUGCGAUCAGGCCACGCCCCCCGGAGCCGGCCCCGCCUCCUGGGUCAACGCUCUGAUUGGCCGGAUCUUCUGGGACUUCCUGCGAGAGAAGCAGUGGGCCGACGCCGUCGCCCAUAAGAUCCAGAAGAAGCUGAGCAGAAUCAGACUGCCUUACUUCAUGAACGAGCUGACGCUGACCGAGCUGGACAUGGGCUGCAGCAUGCCGCACAUCGUGGCCGCCUCCAGGCCAGAGGUCAACCACAGAGGUCUGUGGGUGCAACUGCAGCUGGUUUACACGGGGAACCUGCAGAUGACGCUGCAGACCAAGUUCAACCUGUCCAAGCUGGGCAGAGAGAGCAGAGAGGAGACAGCGCAGAGCGGCCCCGAAGCUGGAGGCCCCAGCUGCAGGCCCGUCCUCAGCGUGUUGGCGGACAGCGAUGAAGAGUCGUCCAGUGCUGCUUCUUCUGAUGAAGAGGAGCUGCUGCUGUCGGAGCCUCACUGUUCAGCCGGGGAGAAAGGCUCGGUGGCGCCCCCUGAAGGAGGAAGAACCGGGAGGAAGAUUUUAAGAUUUGUGGACAAAAUCGCCAAAUCCAAGUGUUUCCAGCGAGCGGCGGAGAACGAGUUCAUCAGGAGGAAGUUUGAGGAUUUGUCCAACACGCCCCUGCUGCUGUCGGUGGAGGUCCGGGAACUGUCCGGCACGCUGGUGGUCAACAUCCCAGCGCCCCCUACUGACAGGAUCUGGUACAGCUUCUGCGUGCCGCCCAAACUGGACCUGCAUGUUUGCCCCAAGCUGGGGCAGCGAGAGCUGAGCUUUUGCCAUGUGAGCGACUGGAUCGAGAAGAAGCUCCAGGACGAGUUCCAGAAAGUGUUUGUGCUGCCAAACAUGGACGACAUUUCCGUCCCGCUGAUGCAUGCUGGGAUGGACGAGUCCCUCAGUUCCUCCUGGGAGGAUCCGGCCGACGCUCACUGCUAGUGCCUCGCUGCUGAGGAAACCAUGAAGAACCGAGUAAAACCAAAAAACCUUCAUGUUUAAAAAACGAAUUCAUCCAGUUUAAACAAGUUUACAUGUCAAUAAUCUGAUUUUAGUUAUUUAUUCAACAUAAAUCAGUUUUAUUUUGGAAUAUUAGAUGUGAAACAUUCAGAAAUAAAAGCUUUUUAAAUAAAUA